AGCUAGGAAAAACACCCGAACUGCUUCAUCUUCUCUGUUCUUCAACCCAAUAUCCUCUAACCACCUCCUAAAACCCUAACAACCACCACAAACCACCAUGCCCACCACCGCAGACUUCAACGACGGCUUUCCGGCAACCAAACUCUUCAACCAAGGCUACUCCUACACCUACGACGACGUCAUCUUCCUCCCUCACUACAUCGAUUUCCCCACAGACUCCGUCAACCUAUCCACAAACCUAACUCGCAACAUAAACCUCUCCGUACCAUGCGUCGCUUCACCGAUGGAUACCGUAACAGAAUCCUCCAUGGCAGUUUCCAUGGCGGCGUUAGGCGGUAUCGGCAUCGUCCACUCCAACAACACCGUUUCCGAACAGGUAUCGUUAAUCCGAUCCGCUAAAUCGCACCGUAUUCCAUUUGCAUGUACAGAAAUUCAAUUCGUCUCACCGGAUGACACGAUUUCAUCCGGUGACGUUUUCGAUAGCUCUCCGUGUGUUUUCGUUACGAAAAAUGGUUCCAAAACCGAUAAUAUGUUGCUAGGGUUUGUUGAUAGGGUGAUUUGGGAGGGAUUAGGUGAUAAAGAAGCUAGGGUUAGUAGUUACAUGGAGAAAAACGUUGUAACGAUGCCGAAUACAUGUAGUUUCGAAGAUGUUGCUGGUUAUUUAACCGCGAAGGAUGUCGAUUUUGUGCCGUUGGUGAGUAAGGAAGGGGAUGUGGUGGAUGUGGUGAGUAAGGCGGAUGUGGAGCGGAUUAGGGGGUUUCCGAAAGUAGGGCUGCCGUCUGUGGGGCCCGAUGGUGAGUUUUUGGUUGGAGCGUCGAUUGGGACGAGGGAGAGUGAUAAGGAGCGGUUGGGGGAGUUGGUGAAGGCUGGGGUUAAUGUGGUUGUGAUUGAUAGUUCUCAAGGGAAUUCGAUUUAUCAGAUUGAGAUGAUUAAGUAUGCGAAAAGGAUGUUUCCGGAUUUGGAUGUGAUCGGUGGUAAUGUGGUUACGAUGUACCAGGCGCAGAACUUGAUUCAGGCUGGAGUUGAUGGGUUGCGAGUUGGAAUGGGGUCUGGUUCGAUUUGUACUACACAGGAGGUUUGUGCUGUGGGCCGCGGACAGGCGACUGCCGUGUACAAGGUGUCAUCUGUUGCCGCUCAAAGUGGCAUUCCCAUCAUUGCCGAUGGUGGCAUUUCGAAUUCCGGACACAUCGUCAAAGCUUUGACCCUGGGUGCAUCAACUGUCAUGAUGGGAAGCUUCUUAGCAGGAAGUACAGAAGCUCCCGGAGCUUAUGUGUACCAGGAUGGUCGUCGGGUUAAAAAAUAUCGGGGGAUGGGGUCACUAGAAGCAAUGACAAAAGGAAGUGAUGCUCGGUAUCUUGGUGAUACGGCUAAAAUGAAGAUUGCUCAAGGGGUUGUUGGAGCAGUUGCGGAUAAAGGCUCCGUGUUGAAGUUCAUUCCGUAUACGAUGCAAGCGGUUAAACAGGGUUUCCAAGAUCUUGGCGCUUCUUCGUUGCAAUCAGCUCAUGAUAUGUUGAGGUCUGGGACUCUGAGGCUGGAGGUACGGACAGGAGCUGCCCAGGUUGAAGGAGGAGUUCACGGGCUCGUGUCUUAUGAAAAGAAAUCCUUCUGAGCGAUUCAACAGUUGCAACGGGUUAGCCCGACCCGUGUUUUGUUGGCGCUAUGCAUUGUUAUGCAAUGCAGAUUGCAGAAGCUGUUGUGUGUGUACUAAAUUGGGGGCUGGUGGUGAUCUCGUUAACUUAAACUGGCAUGUUUUGAAUUUGUGUAUCGGAAACAUACAUUUUUGCACCCUUGAGCUUGUCUUUAAAAUAAUUACUGAAAUACCUCUACCCUUAGUUGAAUGA